AUGUCACAGUCCCACCCUAUACGAAUAGUUCUGUUUGGCGAUGAUGGUGUGAAAACGCUCAUGGAACGGUUCAAGUACAAUUGCUUUGACGACUCACACUUCACCGACGGUGAUGACUUCGCAUUGAAGGCUUACAUCUUCGAAGACGUGCUCGUGUACGUCCAUGCAGAAAGGCCUUUUGGAACUCUUUCUUCGGACCUAGUCCAUUCACAGAUCCACCCAGUCAACGGCUUCCUCCUCAUCUACUCCAUCGCCUCCAGGCCUUCGUUCGAGAGUAUCAGUGCCAUACACCGACGCAUCUUGACCGCCAAGGGAACAGAGUCCGUGCCAGCCGUCCUCGUCAGCAACAAGAUCGACGAGGAGCACGAGCGGCAAAUACAAGGGAGCGAGGGUGAAGAGCUCGCCAAAAACCUCGGCUGCAGCUUCGUCGAGAUCUCGGCAAAGCAAGAAGAUGUGGAUGUCGCGUUCGAGCGCGUGCUGCGUGCGAUCCGGGCGCACGAAUUGAAGCCACCCGCUGAAGCUCCGAGGGACGCUUCCAGUCGGAUGCGAUUUAGACUUGCCGGCUGGAGCAUUCAAUGCGUCGUCGCGUAA